GUGUAAACAACGAUCCCUUCACCACUACCGCAAAAGUCCAAGAUGGAGGAAGAACUGCCGUCAGGAACGGACAACAUAGUGACCGAAUAUAACACGUACGAGGACUUCCUAGACUCCCAAAUUACGUCUCUAGAUCUUUAUUACCUGGAGGAUGAAGAGCUAGCGAGGCAAUUGGUGGAGCUAGGCUACCGCGGCAGCGGGGAGGUCCUCAAGAGAGAGGAGUUCGAGGCUAGAAAACAGGCAGCCGAAGCUAGCAGACUGUCCAAACGCAGCCAGCAAAAGGCCUUGGCUAGCUCUGGAAAGGACUUGAAGAACCCUUUCCUGAAGUGUCUAGCUCAGAGAGAAGAGGCCAACCGCAGUGGCAAGAUGACAACCAUCAUAUUCAUCCGUGACUACAAUGCUCGCGGUCAGGAGAUAUCUGGCUACAUCGACUACGCCCACCGUUUAAAGACAGAGGACUUCGAGCCAUACUUUUCUGGGAAGAAAAGACUCCUUCCCCGGCCCUCCGAUCUCAGCUUCUAUAAUUGGGAAACGCAGACAUCCACGUCCAACCCCACCCCAAACUACCAGGUCAUCGCGGAAAGUGCCUCCGGCCUGCUGUUUAAGAACAAACGAGAUCGUAAGAUCUUGAACGUGGAUCCCAAGGCAGCAUCUCCUGGGGAUAACUCCACUCGAACCGUGAUCGAAAGCCCGCAGUACACUCAAGUGGUCAUCUAUGACCACAUCACUCGCAGAAAGACUUAGAACGCAGACCAAAACAUUCUGAAGUCACAAUUUCAGUUCCUGUUUAUUCUCAUCUGACCACUGUAAUGUUCAGGAGAUUCUUUGAUUGUAUUAAGCAUGCAGUUGAACCUUAUUGUAUAUAUAAUGAUGCAGUUGAAACCAAGGGAAGAAGUC